ACCUAGAAGUGAAAUGGAAGCAAAGGGGAGGGUGAAGUUGGAUUAUCCAAGACAAAGCUUUCAUUCCUGGAUAUUUGAAGGAAGAAGGAACCAGGUGAACUAGUUGCCAGGACAACCUGCUGUUGGGAAGAAAGAGAUUGAGUCAAGGAUAUGGGAGACCUGUGGUUGUUCCUGUUCCUGUCUUUGGCAGCUUUCCAGGGGAGCAAAGGUUGUUUGGAAUGUGAUCCUAAAUUCACAGAUGACAUUAGGUUUUCUCUGGGAAAUCUAGUACCCACAGAAGUUCCUGGCCGAACUGAUUUGCUUGAAAGGCAGGUUAAGGAGUUAGUUCGUUUAAGUUUCAAGGUCUCUCACCAGAAGAAAAUGCUUCGAGUGUUAGGUGUUAAAAAGGUUGUCAACAUGAGGCUAUGGUUGAAGAAUGAAAUUUACAGAGUGGGCAAUGAAACAUGGAAAGGAGCCUUUAUCCUUCAAGGCAAGCUUCUCAAUAUCCGCCACAAGCUGGAAUCUCAACUGAAAGAAAUAUUAAAGAACUUUUCUGAAGUUGCUUGUUCUGAAGACUGUGUUGUGACUGAUGGUCCGAUUCUGGAUUGCUGGACCUGUCUUCGCAUUACUACCAGGUGUUUCAGAGGAGAGUAUUGUGGAGAAGAGGAGUCAAUAAAGGCUGAGAAUCGAGAGAUUGCAUUAUUUCUGAUAUUGGUAACAGAGGCUGUAAUAGCGGGAAGUGCUUUGUUACUAUUCCAUAUUUGUAUCUCUCACCGGAGAAAAAUGAAGUCAAUACGAAGGUCACUGAAGAAAUAUCUGGAGAAUAAACUUGAGGAAUUGAUGGAGAUUAGAGAAAAAAAGGAGAAGGAAGAUUUUUGAAACCAGGAAAUAAAUAUAUAGUGGCAGACAGGGAGUCUUACAUGAUUCUCUUAAAUGUUCACUCAGUAGAAAACUGGGAAUUAAGCUCUUUAUGGUCAUAAAGUUAUAGUAUUUUAAAACUGAAGUGGAACUUAAAUGUUCUCUAGUAAGCAUCGUUACCAAUAUCCCAAGGCAUGGGAAACAAUACAAAGGCAAAUGAUUUUACCUAGUGUUGUACACAAAUAAAGCUGAUAUUUUGUAAUGA